CGGAUUACAAUGAUAAGGAUUUUGGAGGUUUGGGUCACCUUGGUGACAGUUUCUUUGCUGACCGAGGGGGUUCUUGGAGGAUACGGGCUGAGCAUGUUUGCUGCACAGUCUUCCCCGCCAGACCCGUGUUAUGAUGAGAACGGGAACCCUCGGAGAUGCAUCCCCGACUUUGUAAACUCUGCUUUCGGGAAGGACGUGCGCGUCUCCAGCACCUGUGGAAACCCCGCCGCCAGGUACUGCGUGGUGACCGAAAAAGGAGAGGAGAGAACAAGGGACUGUCACACGUGCGACGCCGGGGACCCGAAGAAGUCCCAUCCACCUGCUUAUUUAACAGAUCUCAACAACCCUCACAACCUCACCUGCUGGCAGUCUGAAAACUACGUGCAAUACCCACAGAACGUCACCCUCACCUUGUCGCUGGGUAAAAAGUUUGAGGUCACCUAUGUGAGCCUGCAGUUCUGCUCACCCAGACCUGAAUCUAUGGCUAUCUUCAAGUCCAUGGACUAUGGCAAGUCGUGGGUGCCUUUUCAGUUCUAUUCCACUCAGUGUAAGAAAAUGUAUAACAGGCAGAACAAGGCGACAAUUACCAAGCAGAACGAGCAAGAAGCCAUUUGCACGGACUCGCACACAGACAUGCACCCUCUGACAGGUGGGCUCAUCGCUUUCAGCACCCUGGACGGCAGACCGUCGGCGCACGACUUCGACAACUCCCCGGUGCUGCAGGACUGGGUGACGGCCACCGACAUCAAGGUGACCUUCAGCCGGCUCCACACUUUCGGGGACGAGAACGAGGAUGACUCGGAGCUGGCCCGCGAUUCCUAUUUUUACGCGGUGUCGGACCUGCAGGUCGGAGGAAGGUGCAAGUGUAACGGUCACGCUUCCAAAUGUGUGAAAGACAGAGAGGGGAAUCUGGUUUGUGAGUGCAAACACAACACUGCGGGACCAGAGUGCGACAGGUGCAAACCUUUCCAUUAUGACCGACCCUGGCAGCGCGCCACGGCCAGAGAAGCGAACGAGUGCGUCGCCUGCCACUGUAACCUUCAUGCCCGCCGCUGUCGUUUCAACAUGGAGCUGUACAAGCUGUCAGGCCGGAGGAGCGGCGGGGUCUGCCUCAACUGUCGUCACAACACGGCGGGACGACACUGCCACUACUGCAAGGAGGGCUACUACAGAGACAUGACCAAGGCCAUCUCUCACAGGAGGGCCUGCAAAGCGUGUGAUUGCCAUCCAGUUGGAGCAGCAGGCAAAACCUGCAACCAGACCACAGGCCAGUGUCCCUGCAAGGACGGAGUGACGGGAAUCACCUGCAACCGCUGUGCCAAGGGCUACCAGCAGAGCCGCUCGCCCAUCGCCCCCUGCAUAAAGAUCCCAGUUGCAUCUCCUACAGCAACUUACACCAGCUACGAGGAACCCUCAGAUUGUGAUUCUCACUGUAAGGCGUCCAAAGGAAAGAUGAAGAUCACCAUGAAAAAGUACUGUAAGAAGGAUUAUGCUGUCCAAGUGCAUGUUCUCAAAGGAGAUAAGGCAGGGGAGUGGUGGAAGUUCACUGUCAACAUUAUCUCUGUCUACAAGCAAGGUGAGCACCGCAUUCGCCGCGGGGACCAGCUGCUGUGGGUGCGUGCAAAGGACGUCGCCUGCAAAUGCCCCAAGAUCAAGCCCGGGAGGAAGUACCUGCUUCUGGGCACAGACGAUGACUCUCCCGGGCAGAGCGGCGUGGUGGCGGACAAGGGCAGCCUGCUCAUCCCCUGGAAGGACCUGUGGGGCCGCAGGCUGAGGAAGUUCCAACAGCGUGACAAGAGGGGAAAAUGCUAAGCAGAGCCGGAGAGGAGAGCAAGAUG